AGCUGAUUUUUCUCGGCGAGUGUUGCUCCAUGCUGGAUCACAACAGACAGGUCUACUGCGCCGGGAUGGACCACCAGAACGACUUCCUUACUAGCCUCGCCACGGCAGCUAGGCACGGCGACACGGUAAAGAGUAUUAUAAUGCAGGGCGGCAAAGUCGGCAACAUCCCCAAGCAGUCCUUCGAAGGCUUCGAAACCCUCGAGAAUCUGACAUUGACUGACCUCAAUAUUUCCCACAUCGCACCUGGAACUUUCAAGCGUCUGACCGGACUGAAAUUACUCAAAAUUUCAAAGAAUUUAUUGGAGACGAUUCCGUCGCAGUUACCGUCUAGUUUAGUCGAAUUAAACUUAGAGGACAAUGUGCUAGGAUUACGCGAUAAUGAUGUCAACUGGGACAGCCUGCACGGCUUGGUGAACCUCUGCCGGCUAAUCAUGCCACGGAAUUACAUCAGGACGCUGCCGCCGAACGUGUUUGCUAAGUGUAUAAAUCUUAGGACGCUUGACUUGUCAGAGGGGUCUGUCACGACCGUCCUUUCGGGUGCCUUCAACGGCUUGACAAACCUUAUAACGCUUCAACUUUCUCAUUCGAAACUGAAACACAUCGACGGAGCUGCUUUUACCGAUUUACAGAAUGUGAAAGUGAUGAAUUAUAGCCACAGUCAGAUGUUCAGUAUAACAUCCGGGAUUAUCGAUAAGCUCUCCGAAUACGCUUUAGCUGGAGUCGAAAUUGAUCUGUCUGGUAACCCUUGGUCGUGCAGCUGCCACAUGAGGCGCACCAAGGAAAAACUGCUUGCUCUAGGACGCAGGAACCCACUCUCAAGGAGCAUGAAAUGUCAAACGCCACCGGAAGUGCAUGGCAAGCGGAUCAUCAUGGUUUCGAUGAUGCACUUCCGGUGCGUCAAACCAAAGUUUCCACCGACUUGCUGCUUUACAAACGUACAGAUUGACCCGAAUAAAGGCACAAAUAGGAACUGUCGCGCGCAGGGUCUUCCGCCCCCUUUGGUCAAGUGCACGGCCAAAGAGGAUGACGUCUUGAUAUGGAAUCCGACACCAAAAGGACGCAUGAAUUUCCAAGCGUUCCGUUUUUUUAACCAAGGAAAAGAGCGCGUUUAUGUGAGCUAUGAAUGUUUUGCGACGAAUUCUGAAGGUAUUGCUGAGUUAAAGUGUGACUAUACAGGAAAUAUACCCCAACCAGUGAUUGCAGCGGGCAAUAAUGUAUGUCUGAUGAGACUGCUCAACAUCAUCGUAGGCCUACUUUCGAGUUUGUUCAUGUCCGAGUCUGUGUACCUGACCCGUCUUUCUGCUUAAAUGGGCAC